AGACGGGCCGCUGCGAGAAGUCGCUCUGGCUCGCCUUCCGCUCUCUAUGGUCGGGAGCGCGAGCCCCUCCUCUUCCCGGAACGAGCCCUCUUGCUCGACGCGCGCGCAGCGCUAGGAGGGAGUUCCGUUUCCGGUCUGGUGGCUUUCGAUUUUUGGCGUUCAGUAGUCGCGGUUGGUGGGUAACAACCGAGCCAAGAUGUUGCGGAAUCUGCUGGCCCUUCGUCAGAUUGCCCAGAGGACCAUCAGCACCACUUCACGAAGGCAUUUUGAAAACAAGGUUCCAGAGAAACAAAAGCUGUUUCAGGAGGAUAAUGGGAUGCCAGUUCAUCUGAAAGGCGGGGCAUCUGAUGCCCUCCUCUACAGAGCCACAAUGGCUCUGACGCUUGGUGGCACAGCCUAUGCCAUCUAUCUGUUAGCUAUGGCUGCAUUUCCCAAGAAGCAGAACUAAUGUCGUCAUCCCAGUCUUCACGUGGUUCAGUUUCAUCAACGCUCGAUGGACCAGGAAUCUGAUGAGUAACUGAGCUCUUCUUUGGGGAUCAAUAUUUAUUGAUGUGUAUUAACUGCUGCCAAUAAAGCAAUCCUUAACCAUUUUGUGUCUCCCUUUUCACUUGAGAAUAAAUUCCUGGUAAUACCAUUUUGUGUCAGCAGUUGGCAAAUCUUAGAUAAGAAAAAAAUUUAAAAGUUGUUUGUCCACAAGUUUAUCUAAAGCACCAUUGUCAUGGUAAUGUGUAUUCACUUUUAGCAGCUAGGGAUA